CCUAUCCUAAUCCCUCCUCUAUGUAAAACAAUGUCUCACUAGAAAGAAGGUUUAGGCAGGAAUCCAGUGAUGGGAUAAUGAUGAUGAGUUUGGGUUUUGUAUCCCCCCCCCACUAAAAAUCAUAGUCUUAGGGCAGUGCAGGAGAUCUCAGUAAAAUGCCCAUGGGCUCCCUGCCUGUGCUGGAAUUAAAACUUUAGCCCUGCACAAAGUUUCCCAAAGUUGCUUUGUGCAGAGUCACCAAGGGGGCUUUGCUGAGUUUCCUCCCCUGGGUCCCAGGUCAUUAAGCACCGGUGCUGCUGGUGGGAGUAAAUAGACAUGAGCGAGGAGAAGGCAGGAGGCUGCUUGUACAUGGGAUAAGGACACUGCUCUCAGCAUUUGUGGAAUUCGCUGCAGCCGGAUAGAGUUACUACUGUACAAUGGCUUUACCUUGCGCCAGCUGGCUUUCCAAUGAAGCCCUGAAACACCUCUUCCUGCUGUCCUGGCUGGCGCUCAACAUUUGGCUGUUCUGUAAAACCUUUACAGUGUAUUACAGCGGACCCCAGUAUUUUUAUUUACACCAGAUGUUGGGGUUAGGGUUGUGUGUGAGCAGAGCCUCCGCGUCCGUCCUCAACCUCAACUGCAGUCUGGUCCUCUUGCCCAUGUGCCGCACUGUCAUUGGCCUGCUCCGGAGACCCAAAAUGGUCUGGAGCAGGAAAACCAGAAGGAUGUUGGACAAACACAGAACAUUCCAUGCUGCUUGUGGCUUCGCAAUAUGUUUAUUUUCUGCUGUACAUGUUGGAGCUCACGUGCUCAACGCGGUGAACUUUUCAGUGAAUUACAACCAUGAAUUUACUGCAUUAAAUGUUGCACGCUACAAAAAUGAGGAUCCCAGAAAAAUCAUCUUCACUUCUGUUCCUGGAGUGACCGGCGUCCUCAUGGUGUUGAUUCUAUUUCUCAUGUGUACAGCUUCUACUUCUUCAAUCAGGAGCUCCAAUUAUAGCAUCUUUUUGCACACCCACAACCUUUUCUUCAUCUUCUACCUGUUGCUGCUGGUUCAUGCUUGUGCAGGUGUCCUGAAAUACCAGAGUAAUUUAGAGGAGCACCCUCCUGGCUGUCUCUAUCUAAACAGAAGCGCUCAGGAUUAUGUACCCCUGCCGGCGGCUGAUGGCGAAGUGUUUCCAAGCAGAUUCCCGAGGACGGAGACAGGAAGCUUUUUUGCUCACGGGGACAUGUUCAUAAGAAAUAACUCCGAAAAGAUAUGCACCAAGGGACCUACGUUUCGGCCACAUUUCCCAGAGACAUGGCUGUGGAUAUCGGGUCCCUUGUGUUUAUACUGCGCAGAAAGAUUGUACCGAUAUAUCAGGAGCAGUAAAGCUGUGACCAUUGCCGCUGUAAUCACUCACCCUUGUCAUGUGCUCGAAAUCCGUAUGGUCAAAGAGAAAUUCAGCGCAAGGCCCGGCCAGUACAUCACUCUGCUGUGCCCAAGUGUGUCCACUCUGGAAGCCCAUCCGUUUACUCUCACAAUGUGUCCUACAGAAUCAAGAGCAACGUUUGCAGUUCACAUUAAAGUGGUGGGAGACUGGACUGAAAGAUUUUCUGAAUUGCUGGAGUUCCGUCACCCCGCUGGCACCGAAAUUCUCCCAAAAUGUCAGCAAAGAAAUGACCCAAAGAUAUAUGUUGAUGGACCAUUUGGAAGCCCCUCAGAAGAAGCUUUUAAUUAUGAAAUCAGCCUGUGCAUUGCUGGGGGUAUUGGAGUAACUCCAUUCGCAUCUAUUUUCAACCAGCUGCUAGAUUCCUGGGAGCGCUAUAAACUGCAGAGACUGUACUUUGUGUGGGUUUGCAGAGACAUCAACUCUUUUCUCUGGUUCGCAGAUCUCUUGUGCUUACUGCACAGAAAGCUUUGGCAGGAAAAUCGACCUGACUACUUAAAUAUCCAGCUGUACCUCAGCCAGAGCGAUGGAAUUCAGAAAAUAAUUGGUGAAAAAUAUCAAGCUUUGAACUCCCGGCUUUCCAUCGGACGCCCCCAGUGGAAACUUUUGUUUGAGGAGGUGGCCAAGUCCAACAGACGGAAAAAAGUUGGCGUAUUCUGUUGUGGGCCAAAAGGAAUAUCCAGAGAACUUCAUAAACUGUGCAACAGCCCUAAUCAGUAUGGGACAACGUUUGAAUACAAUAAAGAAUCCUUCACUUAGAAGCCAAAGCAUGUGAGAUGAUACAGCAGUAACCAAAUAUCAAAUUGCACCAAAUAUUAGAACCUCAUCUCUACACCUUACAGGGGACUGAAAAUAGCGCGAUGCACAAUCUGACCCGGCUGUGAAAAUGUCAUUCUCUUCGAGCACCUAAAUAGGAUGAGCAUGAAGGGAACCUAAAGAACCUUAAGAAGUUGAAUAUACACUUUGUAAUUCUUUUUACAAAUAGAGUAGAGUCGCUACACAAAAAGACUCACUCACUGGAAAGAGGGUGGGAUUGUGAAUGUACCUGGGUGUGUCAGCGUUGGAUGUGGUUGGGUCUUGGGUGGAUCUAAGUGUUUUUCAGGCAUUCCAAAAACCCAGACAAUUACAGAUUGGCAAAAUCUGGAACACUCAAGAUUUAUAGUUACAGAUGGGAACAUAUAUACGUUUAAUAAAGAAUGUAACUCUAGUUUCUUUUUAAAGGGAUUGUUUACCUUUAAAUUAACUUUUAGUAUGAUGUAGAGAGUGAUAUUCUAUGACAAUUUGCAAUUGGUUUUCAUUUUUUAUUAUUUGUGGUAUUUGAGUUAUUUA